GCCUUACCAAAUCUGAUUAGAACUUGAUAAAGUGUAUGGUUUAGAGAUGAUAAGGAACCGCAUAGCUAAUGUCUCGAGGAUCGGGGUACCUAAUACCAGAAUUAGGAUCCAGAGGCGAAAUUUUUCUUUCGAACCAACAACGAUUAUUGCAUCAAUGACAGAGGGCUUACAAUUGAUUCAUUCAUCAACAGGCGUACCAUGGUGGGCUCUUAUACCUUUAACGACAUUUGCAUUACGAUCAGUGUGGACGCUUCCUCUUGCUAUUAUGCAAAGAGUAAAGUCACGUAAGCAAAAUGAACUAAUACCAGUGGUAGCUGCUACUAAUCCGGUUGCUAAACUAAAUCUUGCCAAAAAGGCCCAAGUAGCCAAGGCCCAAGCUGAAAGAGGUUCUGAAUCUUUAAAAAACAAGGAUGCAACCUCCAAUGACAUACUUGCCGUGCAGUCACCAUUAGCUACCAUGAAGUAUGAACAAAUACUCUUGUUAGCGGCCAAAGAAACAAAUAAAAGAAGGAAAAGUCUAUUCAAGCAGCAUAAUGUUCAAGGAUGGAAGCUUCUCAUCCUACCAGCAUUCCAGUUUCCGUUAUGGGUCUGUAUGUCACUAACAAUGCGAGAUCUAUGCGGAUGGACAUCAUGGGAUACCAUGUCAAAAAAACCAUUAGACCCUUCCUUGUAUAGCGAAGGUAUUGCGUGGUUUUCUGACUUGACCACGUAUGACAGCCUUCACGUAUUCCCCAUUGCUUUGGGUAUAGUUGCCUUGUGUAAUGCAGAGUUUAUGAUGAAGACUCACCAACUUUUGAGACCUCGAACUAAAAGAAGAUCUUUAAGGCCAACAGUAUCAGACGCUUUAGGAAACAUGUCCAAAAUGUCAGUAGCUAUUUUAAUGGCCAUCUCUAUGCAUGCACCAAUGGCCUUGGUUCUUUAUUGGACUAGUUCACAAGCUUAUUCUUUAGUUCAAAAUAUCCUUCUUCAAACAAUGCUUCCCAUUAACUAUACCCCAGAAAGACUUAUCGAUUAUAAGAAACUGAAAGCACCAGAUUCUAAACCCGUUAUCAAUCAAGAGAGUCGCUCAAAUUUGUAA